AUAAUUGAGCAUGAGUGGUAUUUACCCUUUCUAGGGGACACAGGUGCAGAAGACACCUUUUACAUUCUUAAUCGCAUCAAACGUUUGGAGUCACAUAAGAUGGCUUUGGGUUAUCGAAAACUGCCUUCAAUCUGUGGGACGCCUAAUCAGCAAGUUGUAGCAUCUUCAAGUAGCUGCUCCCAAUGGUCUUCAGCUUCUGCUCUAAAAUCAUUUCAUACAUUCCAUCCUGUGAGGGCCAGUGGUUGGUGUUCUGGUUCUGCUACAUGGGAGAAUAAAGCAUGCAACUGGUUGUGGGAUUUGCCAUGCAAACGUCGUCUUCUUAGAGAUAGCCAGGAUCUCCCUUCAGCCAAUAGGGUGCUAAACAUGCAAUACAGGAAGGUAUGGGCUUGUGUUGUGGCAACUUUAAAAAGGGGAACAAGGCUCAUCUGAACGAUUAUUGAGGUGGCCCUUAUUUUUCCUCCGUAUUGGUAGUAUUGGUGUUAUACCUGGGGCCCGUAUUUCUUACGCUUGUUUAAUGGAAUGUUUUGAAGUAUUGGAGAUCUUAGCAUUUGUUCAA